CUGAUUUACUUCCAGAAUGCGUUCUUCUAUCUGUACUUGAUCUACAGCUUUACAAAUCUGAUCCUGUUGUCGGAGAAGCUUGGAGAUCUGCUUGCUGCCCCCCCAUGGGUGAUAGAACUGGUGGAGGAGUUGCGUCGUCUGCACUCAGACUGCCUAGAGACUGAUCGACCGCCGUCGACAGUUCCAUCAAGUGUCGUUGUCAUUGGAUCAGAGGACGAAGAGAAAACUGUAACCAACAGGACGAUCGAAGAACUUCAUGGAAAGCAGCUGUCGCUCGAGCGCGACUGUGAUGAUGAAGAAGAAGCUCAAUUUCUUUUAGGCAACAAGUCCGAUCGAGAAGAAGAUUGGCCUGAUGAUGGUGUAGCGAUCACCAUCGAUUCAGUUACACUUGCUCCUCCUACCGAUGCACAAAAAACCAUUAUUGCAAACCUGUCACUGCAGCUGAUUCAAGGCCAGAAUGUACUGAUUACGGGUGAUAGUGGUGCUGGAAAAACAUCAUUACUGCGAAUGUUCGCUGGUUUGUGGAACAAUGUUUCUGGUGAGUUCAACGAAACCUGUUCCUUAUGUAUUGACUUUUUCAAUCAUUGUGUUGAUUUCCUUUAUCUCAGCUAG